GUGUGAGAGUGAGUGUGAGGAUGUUUGUGUGAGAGCGCGCACAGCAUUCGUCCCCAUCUACGCACCUCCCACUGACGGCAUUGGAGAUGGUUGUCAUGGUGACACUUCAAAUGCUGCUGAUGAACCGAUUUGAUGUAUUUGCCUCUCUUUGCCACCGGGUGAUUGUUGUGCGAUGAUUCACCAUGAGCAUAGUGCUGUUGAGUCAGGAGGCUUUGUUCAUUCAGAGCUGCUCACAGCCGUAAAAUGCAGCAGCACCGAGGACGGCUCUCUCUUGCUGGCGAGAUGAUGGCGAGCAUGAGGAGGCAUGAGCGCAGGCACUCUGCCGCAGACAUCCUGCUGAAGGUCCUGCAACGCAGAUGCAGUUCUGUCCUGGAGGUCCUCUCCUCCUCCCACAGAGUCCUGGUGGCCGUCAGCGUGAACCAGCCUCAGCCUCCCACUGAACGCAAGACCAGGAGAUCCAAUGUGAGGGUACCCACUGCAAAGUACACCAAGAUGGGGGAGACCCUGAGGCACGUGAUCCCUGGCCACAUGCAGUGCUCCAUGGCCUGUGGAGGAAAAGCCUGUAAAUAUGAAAACCCCUCUCGCUGGAGUAAUGAGGAGCAGGCGAUCAAAGGGCUCUACUCGUCCUGGAUAACUGACAACUUGCUAGCCAUGGCAAGGCCUUCAACUGAAAUCAUAGAGAAAUAUAAUGUCAUUGAACAGUUUCAAAGGUGUGGUUUGAAGACGGUCAUCAACCUGCAGCGGCCCGGAGAACACGCCAGCUGUGGGAAUCCAUUGGAGCAGGAGAGCGGUUUCACUUAUCGACCCGAGACUUUCAUGGAGGCAGGAAUCUACUACUACAACUUUGGCUGGAAGGACUAUGGCGUGGCGUCUCUGACUACGAUCCUUGACAUGGUGAAAGUCAUGUCAUUUGCCGUACAAGAAGGGAAAAUGGCAGUUCACUGCCAUGCUGGUCUUGGAAGAACAGGUGUGCUGUUGGCGUGUUACCUGGUCUUCACAUCUCGGAUGAGUGCUGACCAAGCCAUCCUGUUUAUGCGAGCCAAGAGACCCAACUCCAUCCAGACCAGAGGGCAGCUGCUGUGUGUCAGGGAGUUUGCCCAGUUCCUGGUUCCCCUCAGAAGCAUCUUCUCCUGUGCAGAACCCACAGCCAGUGCCGUCACCUUGUCCCAGUACCUCACCAGGCAGAGCCACCUGCUGCACGGCUAUGAGGCUCGGCAGAUGAAGAACGUGCCAAAAAUUGUCCAGGUGGUGUGCAGGCUCCUUCUCGACAUUGCAGCCAACAGACAAACAGUGAUCGAGCAGCGGUGGCUGGAGAUCCCCGACCUCACAGCAGAGGUGGAGAAGACUGUGUCCCAUCAGGCCCUUCAACAGCUGGGGAAGGAGAUGAGAGGGAAGGGGAUUCCUGUCCCACCGUGUUUAUCUCAUCCUCUAAACUCACCAGCUCUGGUGUCCAGAUCCUCACAUGAUCAGCCCCUCACCAGUGAUAAUGACCUGGACCCUCUGUGGCGGCAGCAGAAAUUAGGAAGCCCUGUAAGAUCAUUGUUUGACAGCAGGAGCCUCAGCUACAGCGAUAGUGUCCUUCACAAACUCGCACAACGGCAGCACUAUUUAGGAAAUCUGAAGAACAUAAGUCCAUUCAACUACCUGCUCAAACAUUCCUUGUCUCACAGCAACCUUGCAGUCUUAAAACAUUCUAGACUGUGUAAACUCUAUCCUCAGGAUAUUAUCAGCUUUCAGGACCCAAAUACGGACGCAAGGCAAGACACUUGGUCUCCCUUUUUAAAUAAGCAGUUACAUAAGGGGCUUCAGAGUUUGUCUUUAGAUCUUAUAGAGCAGGGAAGAAAAUCCCAGUGUUCUGCCACACUGCCAGCCUUAUCAACCCAAAACAGAGGUGGAACCAGUGAGGAGGAGCCAGAUUUGGACACAUUGGAAGGCGGAGCAGAGAGAGCGAUUGUCACAGAGGGUCCCUUCAUCACCCUCCAGUCUGAGCUGGCUCCAGAGAGCAGACGCCUGCUGGUGGCCAAAGUCCUGGCCAUGCAUGUAAUGGACAAAGAUCUUACCUCCAAAGUCUCACAGUGGCAGAGAGAGCUGAACUCCAGAGAGGGGGCAUGGGAGAGGCUGUGCAUGGAGACAGAGCCUCUGGUCCUCUCCGGUUUGAUGUGGUCGUGGCUGGAGCAGCUCAAGGAUCCAGUCAUCAGCAGCGAGGAUAUAACAGCUCUAAGUUGGAAGACGUUAAACCCACAGAACGCCCUUGACUCUCUGGAAAAGGGUCACCGGCUAACUUUACUCUGCAUCCUCAACUGUGCUGCUCAUCUCCUGCCAAUGCCUGAGGAGGUGGAGACCAGUUUCCUCAAGCAAACAAUCAAAGUGUUUACCAAGAUUGACCCUGCCUCAGAGAAGAACAAGUCUUUAUACACGACACUUAAAGCAAUCCUCACUCCCAUUCUUCACGAGCUGCGGGACAAAGCUGUGGAAGUGAACGAAGCCUGAUAGAGCCUCAGCGCGACGGGUCAGACAAGAGGGAGAGUUCCUCAUCUUCGGGCAUUAUUGUAUUUGAAGCCAGUUCCUUGCAUCAGUUUCUGCUGAUUUUGUUGUUCUUUGAAGCGCUUAUUAGACUCAAAGCACUGCCAUCCUCUGUGUAAAUGUGCCACUGUGCAGCGUUUGAAAGCAUCUGUUUGUCGUCUAUUCUCCUGUAAUUUGUGUACCUGUUAGUGGAUAGGAAAUGACCGAGGUAUUCUCGCGAUAUUAAUGUAAAUGUUAUUUAAAUGUGUAACUCAGCUGCUGGGG